CCCCGGGCCGGGGGCCGCCGGGACGCGGCUGCCGCCCGCCCGUCGGAGCCCGGCGCCAUGGCGCGGCCGCAGCUGUCGGGGGGCGCCUGGGGGGCCCUGGUGCUGCUGGGGCUGAUGCUGCCGGCGGCGCCGGCCGGAGCCUGGUACAAGCACGUCGCCAGCCCCCGGUACCACACGGUGGGACGCGCCUCGGGGCUGCUCAUGGGCGUCCGCCGCUCCCCCUACCUCUGGCGCCGGGAGCUGGCGGCGGAGCCCCCGCGCCGGCCCGGGGCGGCCCCCGCCGCCGCCGCCCCCGCGCCGGCCCCGCGCCGCCCCGCUGGGGGGGACCCGCCGCCCGCGCCGCCGCCGCCGCCGCCCGGCCCCGGCCGCCUCCUGCAGCACCUCCUGCGGCAGGGCUGGGGCUGGGGCUGGGGCGGCUCCCGACGGCCCCCGCCCGGCGCCCGCGGAGCUCAGCACCCCCAGGGAGAAGAUGCGGCUCUGCUCCGCUGAAGGGUCCCAACGGAGAUGCUAGAGGAGCUGGAAGAGCACAGACUGCCGGCGUGGAAACUGUUUACCGACGCUGAUGAGGAAGAGUUUCAUCGGUGGUUCUCCUGAUUUUUCUGACCUCUUUGAAACCAUAUAGACAAUUGCAUUAAAAAAAACCAAAAUCUGUUUUUUUUUUUUUUUCCUACCAACUGUCCAGACACAGUGGAAAAUUCAUAUUGUUUUCAGGUCAACCUAGUGCUAUGAACUUGGGGAGAAAUAAACAGGGAAGAUAUUUAUUUUGUUUAUUUUUUUUAGAUUUUCUGUACUAGCUUCUUUGCAAUAUAACAAAAAUACAUACUGUUUGCUUCCUAGGAACCUGCACUCAUUAAAAUGAGACUUGAUCAAAGGAAA